GAGCUCUCGCGAGCACUAGUUCUCUUCUAUCUCAGCGCCCCCACAGGUCAGCACCUCCCCGCCGGCUCCCUCCGCUACCGCGGGCCGGAACUUUUGUCGAUAGGAACGGGUUUGCACAGUUGAGUGUUGUCGGCCGGCGUGAAGGAGACUAGGGGGCCAUCCUCUUCCUUUCGCCGUCGCCGCCGCGGAGCGGAGUCGAGCCGAGCUGAUUUGAUCGAGGAGCGCGGUUACCGGACGGGCUGGGUCUAUGGUCGCUCCGCGGGCCGCUCCGCCGGCUGGUGCUUUUUUAUCAGGGCAAGCUGUGUUCCAUGGCAGGGAACUUUUGGCAGAGCUCCCACUAUUUGCAAUGGAUUUUGGAUAAACAAGAUCUGUUGAAGGAGCGCCAAAAGGAUUUAAAGUUUCUCUCAGAGGAAGAAUAUUGGAAGUUACAAAUAUUUUUUACAAAUGUUAUCCAAGCAUUAGGUGAACAUCUUAAAUUAAGACAACAAGUUAUUGCCACUGCUACGGUAUAUUUCAAGAGAUUCUAUGCCAGGUAUUCUCUGAAAAGUAUAGAUCCUGUAUUAAUGGCUCCUACAUGUGUGUUUUUGGCAUCCAAAGUAGAGGAAUUUGGAGUAGUUUCAAAUACAAGAUUGAUUGCUGCUGCUACUUCUGUAUUAAAAACUAGAUUUUCAUAUGCCUUUCCAAAGGAAUUUCCUUAUAGGAUGAAUCAUAUAUUAGAAUGUGAAUUCUAUCUUUUAGAACUAAUGGAUUGUUGCUUGAUAGUGUAUCAUCCUUAUAGACCUUUGCUCCAGUAUGUGCAGGACAUGGGCCAAGAAGACAUGUUGCUUCCCCUUGCAUGGAGGAUAGUGAAUGAUACCUACAGAACGGAUCUUUGCCUACUGUAUCCUCCUUUCAUGAUAGCUUUAGCUUGCCUACAUGUAGCCUGUGUUGUACAGCAGAAAGAUGCCAGGCAAUGGUUUGCUGAGCUUUCUGUGGAUAUGGAAAAGAUUUUGGAAAUAAUCAGGGUUAUUUUAAAACUAUAUGAGCAGUGGAAGAAUUUCGAUGAGAGAAAAGAGAUGGCAACCAUUCUUAGUAAGAUGCCGAAACCAAAACCACCUCCAAACAGUGAAGGAGAGCAGGGUCCAAAUGGAAGUCAGAACUCUAGCUACAGCCAAUCUUAAAACAUUCCGAAGAAUUCCGUAGUGGACCACUUGGAAAUAAACCAUUGGACAGAUUUCAGUAAUGUCUUCAGUGGAACACAAAUGAAAAUGAAUAGCUUGUUUCUGUCAAGCAUAUUGGAAAGUGAUUUUAUUUUUGCAAAAUAAGUUUUUCUUUAAUAUGAUUCUAGUACAUAAUUGAUUAAAAUCUCUUGAUUAUAAAUGUUUGGAAAGGUUCUAAGGGGACCUACAGACAGACAUACAUAGACAUUUCAAAAUUAAUAGCUUUUGAUUAGUAUAAUAUUUCUUAAUUUGGAUAAUAAAAAUUGUAGCUUUUUAUUAAGCCAGGAAACAUGAAGCAUAAUUUGUUUAAAAUUCUCUUUGGUCGUUGAGGGACCAAAAAAGGACGUAAAAUUUACAGUCAAUAUAUGAGGGGUUUUUUCCCUCCAUAAGUUUAACUUUAAAACUGUAUUUAAGGAAUCAAAUCGUACAAAAUCCUGGAAGAUUUUGGUAAUGAUGUUGAUAAUUUCAGGGAAAUUAAUCAAGUACCUAUAUUGAUUUAAAAGUAUAUUUUACUCAAUAGUUUGAGGAUCUUGCCAUGGAAGAUACUAGCCCAGCCUAGCAGAAAAGUGCAAUAUGUAUAGCAUACUUUGACAUUUUAAACGUUAUAGUCCAUAACCAUUUUGAAAUGCUGGGCAAACUACAUGAAGUUAUUUAUAAUUAAUUCACAGCUAAUCAGGCAUUUUGAAAGCUUAAUUGGAUUCAAAGCCCAUAAUGUUGGAAUUUGGUAAAAUUUUAAUGUUGAUUUUUACUGUGAAAAGUUUUUUAUAAGAUAUACACACCCUAGUUUAAUGUUGUGUCUUGGUGUGGAUUUACAAAUUUACUACAAGUAUUCUGAACCAGGAACACAAUCAGGUUUCAGGCCAGUUUGAUACUGGCUGUCCUUAAUUCUAAUACAAGAGUAGGACAUCAUACUAAAUGUUAUGUCAGUGGGACUGUACUGUCUGUGGAACUUAGCAAAUUAAUCUUUUUCUUCAGACUUGAAGGAGAGUAAUAAAAUUUGGAGUCAUAGGAUAUUGAUGUACAAUUUAAGGAUUAAACAUUUUUAAUCAAUUGUGGAUGAUGGCUUAUUAAAUUAAAUGUUGACUUCCUAGUAUAAAACUGCAAGAAUAAAAGUAACUUCUCCAGCUGUA